CCCAAAAAGACAAAAAAUAGAAGAUUCAUGAAAAUAAAAAUUUUCCAUUAUUUUCAUCUCCUCUCGAUGAUUAGAUGAAAUUAGUCUUAAAUUUCAAAUUCAGAUAUUGUGUAGUAUUGUCAAUAAGUGUUAGUAAAAGUAGUAAGAGAAUGCUGUGUAGUUUAUGCAGAAAUUAUAGUUAAGACGCUUUUCCACCACUUGGGUCGUACCUGGAAAAUGAUUACAAAGUUCGAAAGGGAAAAAUCCCUCUACCGUAGCCGCUCCUGUAGCUGUCUACGCGAUUGAAGAAGACAAAUAAUACCGCAAACUGCUGCCACAAACCACAAUGGGGUGCAUCAAUUCAAAAAAGGAUAUUAACGAUGUGCAUCCAAAUAUAUUCUACGUGAUCAAUAUAGACGACGAUGGAACCCCUUUGUGGAGCGGUCAGCUAGAAGUUUCCCGUACAGAGCUAACAUUAUACAGGAAAGGAAAAGAUCCCACUACUUGGCCGCUUAAAUGCCUCAGAAGAUACGGUUGCAACGUAGAUCAGUUCAGUUUCGAAGCGGGGAGAAGAUGCACUACGGGAGAAGGUAUUUACGCGUUUAAGUGUCGAAGAGCGGAAACAUUGUUCUAUACAGUGCAGUCUUACAUCCAGGGACGAAUAUACAGCGAUGAAAAUACGAAUCCAAACGACCCUUACCCUAUACCGGUUGCUUCUUCCGGACCAUCGGUGGCGGCAAGAAGUGUAUCGCAAAACAACACCGCCACAAGGAGCGGUCAGCAAAAUGCUACGGGAACUGGUAGCUAUAUUAUAAAUCGCACUGGAAUAGCUACUAGCCAAUCUCUAAGUCCUAAUGGAACCAUUCAUUCAAAUUCGAACCAAAGUCGCAGUACUGAUACACUCCCCCUAGAGGCUAACUAUCUUGAGCCAACGCCAAGUAGACCAGGUGGCCAGCCGCAAACAGUUACCACACGAUUUCAGCAGGGUUUGAGAUUGAGUUCUGUUAGCAGUGGCCCUAUCAGUCCAGAUGUGACGUCCCCAGGCUCGCCUAACAGUGUAACCAAUAUUUUGGAAGUUACUACCCUAAAUCCUUUACCAACAAGUAGUGCUUCUAGUGGCACUCAUCACGGGGUCAGUAACCUGUACCAGGAAUUUCCUAUGAAAGAUAGCGCUAGUACCGCUGUUAUAAAUCCCCCUGUGAAUCGUAUGUCUUUGGAUAUCCCACCUCAAGAAAUAGCUCCUAGUGCUGACAAUGAACCAGCUUUAUCAACUAGUAAACCUGACCUGAAUCCUCUUCCACUGGAAAUGCCACAAAUAACCAAUGAGAUGGACCCUGCACGAAUGUAUAUGAACGUGAAUAUUGCUUGCAUGCCAGAAAGUGUUCCUAAGGCAAAAGCAAAACCAGCCAGCAAAAGUAAUUCUAGUCUAAUUUCUAUCAACAACAACGCCGGUUCAUUUGAUGAAAACCAGUAUCAAAAUGUGAAAACACCAACUUUGGUAGGACCAAGUAUGCUUACCCAUCUGCGCCUAAAUUCAACAUACAUGAUCGAUCCAACACGCUUUUACGAAAAUCUAGAGCCAGGCGAAAUGAAAUCCGCUCUGCUACGUGGUCGAUACUCCAAACCGGACAUAUUUGCUAACGUCGAACUUCCGUUGGAUCAUUCUGAACCUUGUACGCCGACGUCAGUUAAUCGAAAAGUUCACUACAUUGUUCUGGAUCUCGACCAGUCUAACUCGUCAAAUAAUAUUACCGCACCGGCAUCGGUCACUUCACCAACUGGGAUUACCCCGACAGCGAAUAACAACAAUAACCCAGCAGCUAUAAAUCUAAACAAUCCAAGCGAACCAGCAACAGUUGCUACCACGCCGCUCUCACAAGGCCCCCUGGCUGGGGGUUUGCUGCCCCCAGAGAGCCCAAAGAAAGCAUCACUCGGCUAUGCAACGAUCGAUUUCAACAAGACAUUCGCCCUAAGCAACUCGACCACGCCUUCGUCUGAACUGGACAGUGAAGGCUCGCGUAAGACCCGUCACAACUCCACCGUAACGCCAUUAACCCGACAGAGUAAUUCGGUGAGCGAUUAGUAUUAUGCUUAAGGGUUGCAUGAAGGCUUCCUCGGAACCGGUAUGGUAUGUGUAAUAAUGGAUUAGUUCAAUGAGGUUUUACUGAAAGUUCUAUGUCGGUUAUGAUUAAAAAUUAGGACGAUAGGUUUAGAAUAGCCAUGAGAUGGAUUGUCCUUUCUAUCGUUCAAUAGCUUAAAGGUCUAAACUUGUAUCUUUUUUUCUGUUCACUGUAGAAGCAGUGAUCCAUCAAUUCUUCAAUAGCUUCAAAAAUUCGGAACGAUUUCUACACAAGUUUUGAUGUAGAAGGUAACGAACAUUUCAAUAAGGAGGCUCCGUGAAUUGUUUAACCAGAAGGAUUAAACUUUGGAUUUAGAUCAAACUCCUGUCGUAAACAAACCUCAUUGUUGCUAAAAAUAUUGCACCGUUAUUCCUUGGUAAACAACGCCUAAUAAUAGAGAAUUCGAUGUAUAUUUCAAAUUAUCCCAAAUGACCAUUAUUCCAAACGAAAGCAUGUGUCAGCUGCUGUUAUGCCAAAUGAACUUAUGCCAAACGACGUGCUCUCGGUUUUAAAUAUUGCGUGCGCACACCUCCUACACAUUUUUCUUUAACAUACUAUCAUUACAAUUUAAUUUUCAUCUUUUAUCAAAAGAUUACGAAAUUUGAGGUUAGGAAAAAAUGUUUUAAUCGUAAAUCGAUGCCGUACUAUGCACUAAACCCAAUUAAAUUAAUUGUAGCAACAAUGCCAAACCGUUUCCGACGUUAACGUUUCAUGUAUAAUAGUCUUGCUAACCUAAUAAAUGAUAUUAUUGAAGUCAUAAACAGAGAAUAAGUAUCUAAUGAUAACGUAAUUUAUUCAUAAGUUCAUUAUUUUUACAUUGUAGUACUAUCUGCUGAUUUGAUAUUAUAGAAGGAAUUUGUAAAAUCUACUGCGAUGGCACAAUUUAUAGGUUAAUUGUGCAAAAACACGAAAUCAAUAUUGGUUAUGAAGAAUUAAAAAAAAAGAAAGAUAACAGUGCAAAUAUAGCGUAUGUUGAUUGAUGUAUAUUGUAAAAAGGUUCAGACACAAUGUAUAAGUUUUGUUAUAGGUGACCAGUUUGUAACAUAAUUGCCAAAAUAGAUUUAGGCUCAGAAAGGGAAGAACAGGAUUGUAAAAGAUUAAAACACUUUAAGAUAGUGAGACUAAAUAAAUAUUACUAGUUUAUUAUAAAAGUAA